AUGCAAACGACGAUCAUUUUAUCUUUGUUUCUUGACUUCUGUCUACUUGCCAACUCCAACCUGACCGCUCGGAUUAUAGAUGUGACCACCGUUCUAUUGGUGAACAAUAACCGAGCGGCACAUGGAAGAUUCCUCAACGUGAAACCAGACGUCGGUUUAUUGACAUCGACUGCACGUACCUUCAUCCAAGAAGGGGUGACGACACAGUAUGCAACACAAGUACUAGGCACAACACUGGACAACGGACGACUAUACGCCCAAUUGUUGACCAAAAGCUCACGAGUACUUUACGACAACAACGACGCAUUACCGUCCCGUUCACAUAACGACAUCACUUACAAGAAAUGGCACAUAGACGAUGGUCCGCGUGGCGAGGCGGUUCAAUUCAUAAAAAACACCGAUUACAUAACACCAGACAAAGCAGGUGCCUAUCUCGUAUUUCCCACAUCCCGCACUCCUAAUUCCUCUCCCUAUAAAUUUGUCGAGAGACAGCAUCAGAAUGUGGAUGCACAACCAAUGGAAAUAGUCACUGCUUCAUAUAUUCGCGAAGAUAAACCAUUCCAAGAAACACCCACAUUUGAACGCUUAGUACAAGAAAAACCAAUAACUUAUCGUGAAAGUAAAUCGGAAUCAUUUAGCGUAUCUCGAAAUGGCCACGAAACGCGCGAAAACGAAGUUGCAGCUGAAAUUAAUGCUUCCAAGAUAAAAGCUGAAGAAACAUUACCAACUUAUACAGUGCGCAAUGAAUUCUCUCCGAGUGGAUUUUAUUAUGAAGAACCUUAUGUUGGCGCUAUUACUGAACGAAAUAAGCCAAGCACAGUUUCUGAUUCUAAAAGGGGUGGAAAAAUGUUAUAUCGUGGUGGAGUUGCUAUACAGCAAGAAUUACAAAGUCUCAGUACCGUUACUUAUCUCGGAUUUGCAGAUUUUACAACUAUUGUCGGAGAUACCGUAAUUGUAUUUUCACCGCAUACAGCUACUAAGCAACCUGAUCUUGGGCACGUUACAACAGUUUCUGGAGCAGCUACUGUGCAAUCAACAGCAUCUGCAUCAGUUUCAAAUAAUAAAAAAACUAUAUACCAAGACCAAAUAAGCGCAACAAAAUCUGAAACGGAACAUAAAAAAAGUAUGGCUUCUGCAUUACCUACUUUAAAUUUAAAUCCAGUCGAUGAACGAAAAAGCAAAUCUAUAUCUCACUCUACUCAAUUUGAGGAGGAAACUACGGAACAGAUAAAACCAAUCACAGAUAUUUCAGAUAUUGAACAUGAAGAUAUCGAAGCUAAGUCAUCAGUUUUAGCUCAUGAGCAAAACACGUCCAAAUAUGAAACAACAACGCUCGAAGAAGAACAGAUAUUAACCGUGUCCCCAGAAAGUAUUGAACCUUCAGAAACAACUACACCUUUAAUGCUGUCAACUCCUUCAGAUGAAGAUAUUGCUAAAAUAUUUGCAUCGCUGGCGGCAGCUGCUCAGGCUACUGAACCUUUAAGUUCAAGUUCUAGUCAUAUAGAAGAACAAAGUACUGAAAUUGCAACAUCGGUAUUGGGCGGUGCUACUACUAUAUUUUUCGAGGAUGACAUUAUUGCAACACCCACGUUGGAUGUUACUAGCACGACAGAAACAACAUCUGAAGAACCCUUCAAUGAAAAUACUAGCACAGAAUAUUACGAAGAACCGACGACAGAAGGUCUUAUUGUGUCACCAGAGUCAGAAGUAAGCGCUCAACAAAUUACUACAACAGAAGAUAUAUCUAUUCAAAAUGAAGUAGUUACCAUUGAUCAAGAAGACUAUAUUACUAAAUCUAUUUCACAAGCAGCAACUACGGAAGUACUGCCAGAAUCAAAAGAUGUAACUGAAAAAGUCGAACAUUCGACAGAAUCAAUCGAGGAAGAAGAAUGCAAAGAUAAUAAGGUUACACCAACUACAACUUUCAAAACAUUUACAUACUUAACAACAUUUUUCAUCCCAGUUGAUGCGGAAACAACUACAACUUCUAUUAAAUCGCAUCAAGUAGUUAAUACAGAAGUGUCAUAUAUUACAGAACCAUGUAAUGUUGAAGCUACAACGAUUGAAACUCCAAUAAGUCCAACAUCGGUACAACAAAUUGAAAAUGAAGCUACUGUAGGAGUUCAUGAAACCACAACUGAAAAUUAUGAAAGCUCCACUGAAGAGGAAGAAAUAACAACUCAGUUUGAAGAAAUAUCUGUAAAAGAUAGUGUUCUAACUACAGAAAAGGAAUCCUCUACAACAGAUGCUACGUUGCCAUCUACAAUACCCAUGGAAGUAGUAACUGAAAUGAAACAUGUAACAGAAUCUACUACGACAGAAGAAACACCGGAUGCAGAAGAAGAAAUUGAACUUAUAUUUAAAACUCUUUACACUACCUAUACAUAUUUAACAACAUUUUUCCAUGAAUCAACGUCUAGUGUAAGUAGUAGAAAAGAGGUUGUCACCAAUGUAAUAACAUCAACAGUAGAUCAAGCUUUCAUACAACAAUCAGGUGAUAUGUUCCAAUCUACUUUAAAUGCGGCAGAGUCAUUUACAGCUGUUGAUGUUAACGAAAUUAAGCCCACCAGUGUGGGAAUUGGAAGACCAACGGCUACCUACGACAUCGUCGAUAGCGAUUUAUCUUAUGAAGACGAAUCUUCGGACAUAGAUGUAAUACACACCGCCACACCAGCGUUAAAUGAAAUUCAAUUGUUAGAAACAGCUCAAGCCGUUAAAACAUACUAUACUACAUACACAUAUUUCACGACUAUAUUUGUAGAUGGAGAGACUGAAAUUUCUAGUCGGACUGAAGUAUAUACAAACUACGUUACUCCUGCAAUUGAUGCAACAAGCCUGCGAGAUGUGAUUGAAAAACCUUUAAGCACAAAUAGCGAAUUAACUGUACACGCAGAAGAUAACGAUGUUACUCAACAAACAAUUAAUGCAUACGAUACGAACGGUGAUGAACAAAAUGAAGUCACCCCAGAUACAGCAACAAUAUCGUAUAGCACGUUAUCUCGAAACAACAAUAUAGACGAUAUAAAUAUUUUACAACUUGAAGACGGACAAACCAUAUCUACAAUGGUUACUGAUGUUCGAAGCAGCAGUUCGAAUGGAGAAAGCCGAAUAAUAGAUAAUGUUGACAAAAGAAAUAUAUUAUUAGAUGAUCAAAUUAGUUCGGAAAGUAAUACGGAUGAAAUAUUGCCAUCCCCAACUUUAUUAUUGCAGACUAGUUUUACAACAUUUACGUACUUCACUACAAUGUACAUAGGCAGCACUUCUAGCAACGUAGUAAGUAGAUUAGAAACAAUAACAAAUGUUGUAACUGAGACACUUACGCCAACAAGAACCUUGAGCAUUGAAGACUCCAGUUUACCAGUAACAUACUUCACAACGUUUACGUAUUGGACAACAUUAUACAAAGACGGUUCAACUACAAUUACAAGCAGAGAAGAAACUAUAUCAAACAUAGUAACUCCUGUUAUUAAUAUAGAAGAGACUAUAUCACCCAAGAGCUUGCAAACACUGUCUAUUGAAAGUACUCCCACUAUUUUAGAUGAACCAGUUUUAGCAACGGAUGAUGCCUAUGAACCAACCACAUUUUAUACAACUUACACAUAUUUCACAACUUCUUACAUUGGAGAUAGUACCAUACUAAAUAGCAGACUAGAAACGAUAACUAACAUUGUUAACCAUACUGAUGCUACUGGACGUGCAAUUGCAAUAAAUCCACCAAGUAAAAAUACAAUCGAUAAUAAUAAUAUAAAGCCUGACAAAACUGCUGCACCUGAAAGUACUGCGUCAUUUGCUACAGGGUUACUUUCUACAAUCCUAAGUAGUGAUAUAAAUAAUGGCAUUGUAACACUAUUAUCAACUGAUGUAUAUGGCACUUACAUCGAUGGUCUCUACGCAAAAGUUUUAGAGAGUACGACACAAAUUUUAACUCCAACACCAUCCAUAUCUAGUGAGACUCUAGCUUUGAGUCCAACAGGAGUUGUUUCUAUCAACGAAGGAAAAAUUGUCGAUGCUGACGGAAUUAGUACCACCUUCUAUACAACGAAGGCAUUGGGCACAUAUAUAGAUAAUUUAUAUGCUCAGGUUAUUGAAAGCACAUCAUCAAUUAAAAUAGACGAAGAAAAGAAAUCUGAAUUGCCAUUCAGUACAGAAGCAUCAACAAAAAUACACAAAACUGGAUUGGUAAGAUUGAUUGAGGGAUCUAUAGUGCAAAAUCAAACUACUACUGUAUACCAAUCUAAAGUUAUCGGAACUGUAAUAGAUGGUAGAUAUGCGCAAAUCAUUGAAAGUACUUCAAGUUUCUUAAGCAAUAAAAUCAAACCAACUGUAACAGGAAUAGAAGCUACUUCCACAAAAGCUCCUGAUCAACUUAUUAAAGCAACAGCAUCUAUCCUCAGCCCAUCACCCGUAGCUGUAGAAGCUUCAUUAAGCGAUAGUUACCAAACUGACAGCAACGAUGAAGAAGGUGAAGGUGAAGAAGGUGACGAAGAUGAGGAAGGUGGAAAUAGUCGAGUUAAAUCACGUUUGACAUUCUCCACAAAGAAACGUACUUUCACACCUGUGAUUAGAUCAUUUGCCUCUAGAAACAGACCUGCAUUCAAUCCAAAAAGGAAAGGUUUAGGAGCUACGAGCGCAAAUACAGUUACAAGAUCGGAUUUAACUCCAACUGUUACGGCAACGCCGGCUUUGAAAGGAAGGUUCAGUAGUAGCAGAAGAACAGGUUCCUCGGGUAUCAACAAUAGUGCAUCAGUAAAUCCAUCAGCUGGUGGGUCAAGACGAUUUUCAAGACCGCGAAAUAGCGCGGCAGUUACAGGAUCAGCUUUUGGUAAUGGAAACAAACUUAGAGGUUCCUCAGCAAGAAUUCAGCCCACGGCAUCAACUAACUUUGGAGCCAGCUCAAGAAGAGGAGGGUUUAGAAGUUCGGCCCGUCCAGGCAAUGAAAUUAAAUUGACUAGCUCAGCUGGUACAGGAAGCUCAAGAUUUCGCGUAAGACCCACACUUGCUUCUGGUUUAUUAAGAAAUCCAAGUUCAAAUACCUAUACAACCCAAACUACAGAUAGCACGGAAGAAGAGUUCGAAUCAGCAACUGCGGCAACAAACGAUCCCACUAAUUUUACUGACGAUGAUCAAGAUAAUCUAACUUCUUCAAUAGCAACAACUACUGAAAGUACAACACGAAGAAAUCAGAACCCACUAUUACGAUUCCGUAGACCACCACUCUCACGUCCAGCAGGAGUUAGUGCUUCUACAUCCAAACCCGCUGCUAACGGUGGAAAAAGAAAUGGAAAUUUACAGAAAAAUAAAGCAACUACAACAACACCAAAACCAAAAGCAAGAUCGGGAUCAUUCAAUAGACCCUCACCGGCACUACAAAAUAGAGCUAGACCUGCCAAUAACUUAUUUCCCCCGCGUGGUUUAUUUAGACCAAGAACACCCCCACCACAAGAAAUAGAAGAUGAAGAAAAUAAAGAUCAAGAAGAACAAGAACUCUCUGAUGAUGACAUAGAAAAUGAAAGCGAUGAUGAUAACGAUUACGACAGCUCGAAUACUGAAAGUAAAACUGAAACAGUACCAGACAAUUACUCCAAAAGAAAAAGUUUGAAAACAACACCAAAUAUAAAACCAUUUGUGAGUUUUAAACGCCGAACAAAACGUGAUGCAGCAGAUUAUAGCAGUAGAAGCAAUUUUUCAUCAAGAUUCAGAAGACCUCAACCCAAAGCUGAAGAAAAAGUUGAUGUAGAGGAGAAUGAAGAAUUUGUUGAAACAAAACCUAAAAGCUCACGUUAUACACCAAGACCGAGAACAUCUGGUUCGCAAAUAUCAACUAAUAGAGUACGUCCUACACCAGCAUCCGCUAAUAAUGGAAGAUCACAAUUUACUUUAAGAGAUAAAGAUUCAAGUUUAUCAAAUCGUUCAAAUUUCAAACGCCCAAGCACAUCGAAUACGUCCCUUAGAAGAAAAACAUCGUCUACAGCAACAAGACCAAAGGCGCCCAGAUUACGUAACUAUAGUAGCCAAACUGAUGCACCAGCUUACACAAGAUCAAACAGUAGAAGUCGAACGACCACAUCAAACCGUCGCCCAACCUCGCGUCCAAGAAGCAGAGUUUCGGAUAAUUCAUACGAUAAUAAUUACAUUGCGCCCAGUUUUGAUGGUACUAUUACAGUUACCCACCACAUACCGACUGAGGUAACUAUACCUAUUGUAAACGGAAAAGUAACAGAGUAUAAAAAUAUAGUUACAGCUAAAUUGAGUACAGAAGUGUUGGGUCCUAAACAAUAUAGUACGGUUGUCGGCAAAGAUGGUAAUCCAGUAACAAUACUUAGAAGCGAAGUUACUGGUAAUGGAGGUAACGAGAUUACUCACUUUUAUUUACAAGAAACACCAACUACAAGUGUCAUAUUUACCCCAACAGUUAUCAGAGGAAGAAAAACGUCAUACUCGCAUGUAAUUCCCAGUACAGUUUAUGAUGUUGAACCUGUAGUGUCUACAAUACAACCACAAAUAUCAGCAAAUGCGCCACUUGCAAAUAUAUUGUUAUCUCAAUUGCUAUUAGGAAACUUUGGUUUGCCACAACAAAAUAUAAAUCCAUUGAUUGGAAACUUACAAAAUCAAAUGCCCACAACCCCAACAACAGAGUUCAAAACGAGAUCAACAACGUAUGUGACUACCGUAACCGGAGCUAUGUCGACUGUAAUUCCAUUAACUUUCCGUGGCAAAGAAAUUUUAACUACAAUUGUAGAUAGUUCAGUAGAUGUAAUAACUGCAACUGAAUUCAUAACCGAUACGAUUAUCGUAACUCCAACACAAGGAGUGAAUGGUGGAAACCAGUUAAAUAGUUUACUGCUGCCUUUAUUGCUCCAACAACAAAACCAACCCCAAAAUCCAGUGUUAGGACAAAUUGAUAAUAAAAAUUUUGAUGCACAAUUGUUAUUCCAAGAAGACACGUUUGACGAAUCGCGCUCUCGUGGCAAUUUCAGACAUAGGAAUAUCGAAAACGAAUCAUUAAAUGAUGAAAUACCGUUUGAAGAAAAUACUAGUAGGCCAAAAACGCAUAGGAAAAAGCCACAACCCCGGCCACAAAAAGAACCUGAAGUAGCUCCAGCGCCACCAGAACCUGAAACAAGUGUAAUAACUCUGUAUGUUUCGGGAAGAAGACCAGGAGAAUUCAGCACAGUUUUAUCAACCGUGACAGUGGGAGAAGGCAGCACAUUAAGAAAACGUGCUGCAGAAUAUGUUGAAGUUCAAGCCUCAAAACUCCCCUCUUUUGCUCCUUCAGAUAAUGAAUUUUAUGAUUAUUAUCUAAUGCCUGCAACAAAUGAAAUUAACCAAGAAUUUGAAAUUAAUAAAGAUGAAACACAAAGCCUAGAAAGUAUUAUUGGGGAUGUCAAUACGGACGAACCAGAACCCUCAACGGUGCUGCCUACUGAAACAUUUAGUACCAUUACUGAUAAUUUCUAUUUCAUCACACCGGAUACACAUUUUAAUAUUGAAGAACAAACACUACAAUAUUUUUCUGAAAUUAAUCCAUCUGAAUCAUUUGAAUAUUCAGAAGAAACUACAGAUUAUUCUCCUGAAUCAAUCAAAAGCCUACGAGAGUCUCAUCAGUACACUUUAGAGACUUCGCAAUAUUCACCCGACGAUUUUCAAUAUCCGUCAGAGAUUUAUGACGAUGUCCUAGAGACAUCUGAAUAUUUACCAGAAACAUUUGAAAUCUUUACGGGAACUGCGGGUUAUUUUUCUGAGUCUACAGAAAAUUUGCCUGAUAACUUUGAUACAGUAUCGGAUACUAUAACAUAUUUACCUAAAACUUAUGAAAUAUCUGAUACGCCAGAAUAUGCACCAAGUGCAGUGACAGAUUUACAUCACAGUACUUCAAUAAUAACAGAACUCCCUAAUUCCUCUUCCCAUCAUUAUGUAACUACCAAAAGUUAUGAAACUCCAGUACUUGAGCCUGUCUCCAAUUCUAUUGAACAAUUACCAACACAACCAACUGAUAUUCCUAAUAAAAAUAUCCUUAAACAAAGCGUAUACUUAGGUGACAAAGACAUUUCAGAAAUUAUAAACACUGAACAUAUUCCUUCAUACGAGAUAUAUACAACCUUGCUUAGUGAAACGGUAACAAGUGCUUAUAUUAAAAAUAAAACCUAUACUUAUGUUGUAACAAGGGUACAUGAAAAUGAGCAACUAAUAACUUCCACGACAUCUGUGAAAGCUGCUGUAAAAACUGAAGUGCUGACGUUGACGCAUACGCUGACAUUGACAAAACCAAUUACCUUCUCCGAUGGUCCUACUCUCUCCGACACAAACUCUGAAGAUUAUUUAAAUCGUCUGCGAUCACUUGAUGCCAUAUCAGGAUUUGAAGAUACUGCCAGGUAUAACAUUGCCACCAGGGUAAUGUCAAAUGGUGUCGAAGUAAUCGUUGCCGGAGAUAAAAGUGUAGAUACGGAAAUUUCAAAAGACGCCCUACCGCGUGGCGUUGACUCCAGCGGCGAUGAUAUAUCAUUAGUUCAACCUAACCAAUUCAUCACUAAAACUUUGCUUACUACGUACACAUACUUGACAACGUAUUUGCAAGGUGGAACGACAACAGUUUCCAGUCACGAACGUAUUAUUGCAAAUACUGCAACAGAAGAAAGAAAUGUUGGAAAAAUUAUGCCCACUCCAACUAUUGGUAUUACACUAACUGAGAAUCCAAACUUGGCCGUCGGUGUAUUUCAUACAACUUAUACAUAUCUGAACACUAUUCACGAUGGUGGAGUACCACUCACAGAAUCUACCACUCAUACCGUCGCAAAUACUGUUACUGCACCCGACGAUUACUUGUCAUUACUGCAACCUUCCGAACCUACUACUGCCGUUUUAGAUACGAAUACGUAUUACAGUACAGUAGCACUAACAAAAACGUUAACUGAAGGAAAUUCACAAAAAAUAGUUAGCAGUGUUAAUACAGUAACACAAGUAGUCAUAACUGAAUCAACACCACCCAGAGGUAUGUCAGUAAUGACGUCUUACAUUGCAUUAGAUGUUGAAGAUCUAGAACCAUCAGCUGUAGCGUCGAUAGCAACAACCGACGUGGUCAAAACCCAUUAUGUAACUUACACGUAUUAUAACACAUACUUGGAACAUGGAAAAACGGUCGUUCGAACAAAUGUAUCUACGUCAACAGAUGUCGUGACGGAAAAAUUGUACCUGCAUUUAAAACGAACACAAACCGAUACAACUACCCAAAAACCUAUUAAAACAAAUACAAUUGAGAAAUGAAACGUUGCAAGAUAAAGAAGUACAAGUAUUGCAACUAAAACCUAUUUGACGACAUUCACUUACUUCACAACCUUGCUAAAAAGUGCACCAAAUGAUCAAACGACAACUGUUAUAAACUCGCAUACACGCGUAGUUGAGAAUGUCGUAGUAGAACCUAGCAUCAACAAAUCAACCCAAAUCAACAAAGUUGUUAUUACGCAAAAGCCAGAAAUAAGCACUUCUAUUCAAUCAAGUAAAGUGAAAGUAAAGUCAAAAGAAAAGGUUACUCAAACAAAAAGUAUAAUACCUACUUCUUCUUCUAGUAAAGUUUUACAAACAAGCUCUUCUAGUUCCGAUUCCAACGUACAAUAA